AAAAACAACAGGAGAUAAAGAGAGAGCGCACGAGAGAGCGCGAGAGAGAGCCAGAUAGAGAGAAAGAGAGUGACAGAAAGAGAAAGUGACUGAAGAAGCAUCUGGAUUUUUUGGGCAGGGAGUUAAGAGAUAAGGAGGUAGAGGAGAGAAAGAAGGAGAGAGAGAGAUAGAGAAAGAGAGAGAGAGAGCUAGCUAGGUAGUGAGUGGAGUGGAGGAUCAUGGAGGCCAGCUUUGACACGGAGGAGAGCUUUGACGAUGCCUCCUGCCUCUCUCCACAGAGCCCCGGCUCCAUCUCCCCCGCCAGGAGGCAGAACAAGGAGCGCGAGAUCAAGGAGACCAAGACCACCAUCAACGGCGUCACAUUCCCACUGCCUAUGAGCAUGCCUGAGCAGCAGCUACUGAAGCCCAGUGAGUGGAGUUACUGCGACUAUUUCUGGACAGAUAAGAAGGACCCCCAGGGCGGCGCGUGUGUGCCUGGCUUCGAGGUGCUGCUGCAGAAGCAGUUCAAGGGCAAGCACCUGCAGAAGGAGAUGGCAGAGUUCAUCCACGAGAGGAUAAAGAUCGAGGAGGAGUACGCCAAGAACCUCUCCAAGCUCUCCCAGAGCCCACUGGCUGCCCAGGAGGAAGGGACAGUGGGCGAGGCUUGGGCUCAGCUGAAGAGGAGUCUGUCUGACGAAGCGGAGGUCCACCUCAAGUUCUCCUCCAAGCUGCAGAGUGAAGUGGAGAAGCCUCUGCUGACCUUCCGUGGGGACAACUUCAAGAAGGACUUGAAGAAGUACGAGCACAGCAUCGCUGACCUCAGGAAACAGCUCCUCAGCCGCUACGCAGGCGUGGAGAAGGCCCGCAAAGCCCUGGCUGACCGGCAGAAAGACCUGGAGGUGAAGACCCAGCAGCUGGAGAUCAAGCUGAGCAACAAGACCGAGGAGGACAUCAAGAAGGCCCGGCGCAAAUCCACGCAAGCAGGAGAUGACCUCAUGCGCUGCGUGGACCUCUACAACCAGGCCCAGUCCAAGUGGUUUGAGGAGAUGGUCACGUCUGGUUUGGAGCUGGAGCGGUUGGAGGUGGAGCGGGUGGAGUUUGUCCAGCAGCACCUGCGUCAGUACACCACCCUCAGGCACGAGACCGACAUGUUCAACCAAAGUACUUUGGAGCCUGUUGACCAGCUUCUGCAGAGUGUGGACCCAGCCAAAGACAGAGAGCUGUGGGUGCAGGAGCACAAGACGGGCGACGUGCGGCCUGUGGACAUGGACAUUUAGUGGACGCCCGUCCCUGCUGGUGCCAGACCGGCCCGUCGGGUGGAAUUGGGUCUGGUGUGCAUGAGUGGCUGUGACCCGUGCAGGUACAACUCUCCCCCUCUCCUCUUCCUCAUCCUCUUCCUCUUCCUCGAUCCCUCACUCCGUCUCCCGGCCCAUGCGUCCUGUAAUGCCUCUCUGUAGGCACUCUACCCUCUCUACUCUUAUCAUCCAUGGCAUCCGCCAGCGUCAGCAUGGACUUCACUUCCCAUAAUACAUCUAGUGUCUGAGCCGGACUGCAGCAGUGUUAAGAUGCAGAGCGAAAGGGUGCCCUCUACUGGACUGACCAUGCAGCUGAUUUCACUGGGGUGUGACAUCAUGACAGUGGCGUCAUGCUUCGGUGUAAAUGGCAAUUCUACAAACACUGCAGUUUUCCUCACAGGCCUCUCCUUUAAUGAAAUAUUUCUUUUUUUUUCUCCGUCUUCAGUCUUAUAUUCUUGUCUUUUUUAUUUCAGUCUUGUUUUAUUUCUUCUUGUCUUUUUGUAGUAUACCCUUAUUGGUAAAAAGGCCAGGCAAGGCAAGGUAAAAACACGAAAUAGCAUCUCUCUGUCCAGUGAUUUUGACAUUUUGAGAGAAAAUGCUUAAGAUGCCCGUCAGUAGUGAAGUUAACAGCAUUUUUAAGCUUUUGACAUACUUUUGGGAGGCGAUAACAUUUGUGUCCACAUGGAUGAUACUCUUCCACCAUUUUGAAGUUCCCCACCACCUACAGCAAAAUGGAUACCAGCAGAUAUCAGACUUUGAAAGUAAAAAUUGUGUGAUUUUGUCUCAUUGAGCAUCGAGAGCACAGUUCAGAAAACAUUCCGUAAAUCAAACAUCAAACUAGGCUUAGGCGUACUGUUUGACAAACACUGAACAUGAAUAGAAAAGAAUAACAUUCUGCAUGAAUAUUAUAUAUUUAUAUAGAUUUAAUUUACUGAAAGAUGUAUACAAAUUUUUCAUAGAGGAAUGUACAGUACGUGAAACUUUGUGGGGAAAAUGACUAAAACAUUAUUUUGGCAUUUGUGAACUGUUUACGCAGUCAUGUAGUUUAGUGUUCUUACUGAUAAUUGACAACUACAUAGAUUCUGUUAUAUUACAUUAUAUUACUAAUUGAUACCCUUAUAGAUAAAUCUUGAUUAGAUAUGAAUCUCAAGCCUAAAUCAAGCACGGGUUUGUAUGUGGCCUGUGUACAGUAUGUGAUAACUUCGCUGGCUGUCUCUGUCUCCCAGAUCUAAACAAAAACAAACCUUUGAGAUAUGAACCUGACACAGGACUGUUGCCCAAGCUGACUUCUGACUUCAGAUACUGGUGCCACCGCGUUGACCCAGUACAUAGUUCCCAGACACGUCAGCCACCCGAGAUUAACUGUGUGGCCCUUCAGCUGUCGGCUUGUCUGUGAGAAUGUAACCCGCUGAAGGUGGAGUUUUUCAUCCAUCGUUGGCGUGUGCAUCACCUCUCUCAUCAGGCCAAAUCCCAGUAAGCAGCACAAUGUUACCCAGGUUCAGCGCAGGGGUCACCUGAUCCCAGGUCAUAGUCCAAAGGUUAAAGGUGCAGCAGAUGUGACUUAAAAUGGUGGCUUUUGUUACAAUGUACACCUUUUAGUGCCUAAAGGUCAAACGCCUUGGAAUGUUCGUGAUAUAGUCCAUGUCAUAGCUAUAUAAUUGAUGCCUGUAUGUAUUUGUAAAUACAGUUUGUGCUAUAUUUUUCUUCAAACAAUUUUUUGUUUUGUUUUUGUUUACUCUUCACAGAGGGGUGUGCUCUUAGCAUACGCGUUAUAUAAAUUCUAUUGUAUAAACUCUAUACAUUCGGUAUCCAUGUUUAUUGUUUUUUUAUAUUAUUACCAUUACAGAAAAACAACAAAAGAGUGAUAUUGGCACACAAUUGUGGCAACACAAAUCCCUCAUGCAAAUCCAAAGUCCCUAAAAUAUCUGUUUACAAGAAGUCUGUUGAUGUUGGUUUGCUCAAAAAAAAAUAGAUUUUUGCUAAAAACGUUAUUAAUCCACCAGAGAAUUUGACUCGACGUAAGGCAUGUCAGGCCACAGGCAGCCUUUCACCUAGGUGUGUAUCCAUGCAAUUCAUGCAGACCUCAUAGUGAAAGCAUGAGAUAAUCCCAAAUGAAUGUGUGGGAUUAGGUUGCUGUGUUUUGGUUAGAUGAACUGGCAAACUGCACCAAAACACAGUGUACAAGCAUCGUGUUUACUUUUGUUUUAGCGUGACGUAACACAUGACAAAAGCGAGAGACUGUCACAAGGAGUUCUGAGACUUUCUACCCAGCGAUGUUACAGUUACAGAUGUCUUCAGUAACAGUGAUAGCAGUAUGAUGCUGUGACCAUUUAAUAGCAUGUGGCUUCAUCUGUUAUUUUAUCAUCAACUUGUCAUGGCAGGAUAUCUGCCACAGCAUUUUACUUUCAGGUAUAAACAGGGAAAGAUGCCAAUUUGCCCAUGCUUUUGGUUGGGUACUUCCCACAAUGGCCGCUCAAUGACCAAGCCUAAUUAAGCCAAUACAAUGUAAAGCAGGAUUCAGCAGCAAUGCACAAUUGGCCAGAAACAGCCGCAACACGCGCUGAAUGCUGUUUAAAAAAAAAAAAAAAAAAAAACAAGCCCUCCGUCGCAGUACAGCACGCAAUGUCGGCAACAGCCAAUCAACAACCCUAACUUGAUCAGUUGAUGACCUGAUACUAACGUGGAGCUCAAGUUCCCAGAGUUGAAUGGGCACGUGAAGAUCUCUGUCUGGGUGAGCAUGUAGUAAGCGCUCCACUCGACCUACUUCAACAGCAUCACACUGCUGGCAGCAUCUCCAUUGAAAUGAUACCUCAGAAAAGUGUCCCAUCAUCAGUUCAGUAGUGCUGUUGUGGUUCUGUUAUCAGAUGAUAUUGCCUCUUCCUUUGGGCCUGUUGGGUUUUUUUUACUUUAUGUUGUAUAUUUCUAUACAGAGGCUGGCAGCGCAAACUAUUUAACUGGUUUGAGUUUUGUGUACGUGGGGCAUGUUUGAGUUAACUUUGUUGUUAACCACUCCCGGUCCGACCUCUCAGAACGAGACGAGACGUUUCACUGAAUAUAUCCUCCAUGUUGCAUUGUUGUGUUAGAUAAGUGUGGUCAAUGAUCUGUGGUCUCUGUGUGUUUUUGGCUCAGUCGUUCAAUUAAGUGUAUGUGUUUGUAAAAUGCAUUUUUACGAUAAUCUCUGUAAAAUGUUGAUUUUAAAUUGGUGAACAGUCUCCACUCAUAACACAGUGUUCAUUAACUCAAACGUUUAUGAAAUUGUCAAGUUUGUUUUUGAAUUUGUCCACAAUAAAAUG